GUGCGAGCGAGUGUUUACUUCCGGCCUCCGCCGCCGCCGCGGGCUGAGGGCCGAGCGUGUCGGGCGGCGGGCGCGGCGGGUCCCGCGCAGCCAUGGACUGGCUCAUGGGGAAGUCCAAAGCGAAGCCCAACGGGAAGAAGCCGGCGGCGGAGGAGAAGAAGGCAUAUCUGGAGCCGGAGCACGCCAAGUCCCGGAUCACCGACUGCGAGUUCAAGGAGCUGGUGGCGCUGCCCCGCGAGAUCGACCUCAACGAGUGGCUGGCCAGCAACACCACCACGUUCUUCCACCACGUGAACCUGCAGUACAGCACCAUCUCGGAGUUCUGCACGGGGGAGGCGUGCCAGACCAUGGCCGUGUGCAACACACAGUACUACUGGUACGACGAGCGGGGGAAGAAGGUCAAGUGCACGGCCCCCCAGUAUGUCGACUUUGUCAUGAGUUCUGUGCAGAAGCUGGUGACCGAUGAGGACGUGUUCCCCACGAAGUACGGCCGCGAGUUCCCCAGCUCCUUCGAGUCGCUGGUGAAGAAGAUCUGCAGGUACCUGUUCCACGUGCUGGCGCACAUCUACUCGUCCCACUUCAAGGAGACCCUGGCCCUCGAGCUGCACGGACACUUGAACACACUCUACGUCCACUUCAUCCUCUUCGCCAGGGAGUUCAACCUGCUGGAUCCCAAAGAGACCGCCGUCAUGGACGACCUCACGGAGGUGCUGUGCAGCGGCGGGGGCCGCGGCGGGGCCGGCGGGGAGGGGGCCGGCGGCGGGGGCACAGGGGCACAGAACCACGUGAAGGAGAGGUGAGCCGGACAGUCGGACAGGCGUGCACGUGUGCAGAGACGGUGGCCCGUGUGCCUGCGUGUGUCCGCCUGCGUGCGCCCACGUGCCGGGCACACUCACGGGAGGCCUGAGCGGCAACGCUGCCCAGGCCGGGCUACGUGGAGUGUGGGCCUGGAGCCGGUGGCCACCUGCCCCCCCCACCCCCGCGCCCCGUCCCUGCCGGACGGACAAGUGCCGCUUGUCGGGAAGCACCGGGACUUCUGCCUUCGCUCAGCGCGCCUCACGGGACUGCUGCUCCGCCCCCCAGCCGCGGGUUCCUCUCUCUGGUCUUCUGUGUGCCCGGCCCCGCCGCCCACGGGGGCCCUGCGUGCGCUCAUUCUGAGAGAAAUCGCUCGUGCGUGGGACGGGCUCGUGCCGGGCCGUGGGCCCUGCCGGUCUCCUCCUGUGUCGGGGCCGGGUCCCGUCAGACCCUCCCGUCCCUCCCUCUGCUGCCCCGGCCGUGCCUGGGUCUUCGCUGUCGGCGGCUCGGCGUAGGGGCAGGGGGGCGGCCGGUGGCGCCCUAUAGUGGCUCCCAGCCCAUGUCCCCUCCCUCCUGUCCCCGCUGCCAGGAGGGGCCUGCGGACUGGCUGCGCGUGGGCCGAGGCCGGAUGUGGGCCGCCUCCCGUGCGGGGACGCAGCUUUGGGCAGAAGGCCCGGCCCCGCGCGCUCUGCUCGCCUGUUCGGUCGAAUAAAAAGAUUCUCUCAGGUC